UUAGACUCAACGGCUUCUUCAUUCUGAUUCUGUGGUUUUCAGCCCAAACUGAGAAAGAUCUGGAUAAUAACAGAGUGAACUUGUUUUUAAUCAAACUGAUGACUGUUGGACAUAAGAAGCAGCAGGAGUGAUAUGAGUUUAUUAAAAGUCCAACAAACCUUUUUUUUCUUUCUUUCUUUUUUACAUUCAGCUGUUUGUGAUGAUUUCCUGUGUUAGAUGAAGGUGUGGUAUUCUGUCAGGACCAACUUACUAUACGACAGCAUAACGACAUCAUGGCGUUCACAUCCCUCUGUCUCUUGAUCUGCUGCUUCUCUGCAGCCACUGCUUCUGUGCAGAUGAACAUUGCUCCCGACCGAUCUCAGUUCUUCCGAUACGACCGUAUCACUCUGACAUGUGUGGGGAACUCCAGUGGAUGGAUAGUGAAGAGGAACACAACGCUCCGAACUGCUCAGGCAUGUGAAAAGGGCUGGGCAACCGCACGCGAGUCCUCCUGCACCAUCGAUAAUGCUUACCCAGAAGAUACUGGAGUGUACUGGUGUGAAUCUCCAGAAGGAGAGAGCAACACCAUCAACAUCACAGUGACUGCUCACAGUGUGAUCAUUAAGAGUCCUGUACAUCCUGUCAUGGAGGGAGAUGAUGUUCCACUUCAUUGUUCCCACAAGAAAGAGGAUGAUGAAUAUGCAACAUCAAACUUUUCUGCCACCUUCUACAAAGAUGGUACUUUCAUUGGGAGAGAAGAAACAGGGAAGAAGACUCUGAGAGCAGUGUCCAAGUCUAAAGAUGAAGGUUUCUACAAAUGUCAGCAUCCUUCUGGAACAAACUCAUCACAAACCUGGCUGACAGUGAGGGACAAAUCCGAGCUUGAUCCUCACAUCACUCCUCCUACUCCUUCUCCUCCUCCUCCUCCCAUAUCUGGGAUCAGGCUGAUUUGUGGCAUUCUGCUCUUCAUCAUCUUCAACAUCAUAUUCAUCUUCUGUAUUUACAGAUACUGCAAGUGGAAAAAGGCCCGAGCUCAGGCUAAGAGGACAUCUUUGAACCAGGGACUGAUGGGAGGAAAAAAAUGAUGAAGAGGAGCAACAGUCAGUGCUGAUAUUAAAUAAGCUUGUUCAUAUAAUAACAGAACUAAGGCAAUAUCAUUUCUAGUGCAAUCAUGACUUGAACAAAUAACCUGCAAUAUUAUCUACAACAAAAUAUUUUUUUUUUACAGUUGACACAGAAAAACAGAAAAGAAUUAUAGUAAAAGCAAAACUAUAAACAAGGGGCAACGACAACAAAGAAUAUCAAUUUAAUAUGACAAUAUGACAAAAUGUGCAAAACAUAUGACAUACCACACAUUUUUAUAUAACACAGUUUUUAUCAUUAUACACAUUUUUUCUUAUUUUCUGAAAUGUUGCUUUUGUUGUGAAACUUGUUUUAAAAUGUUUAAGCUGUUUUUUUGUUUUCCUGUUUUCUGUACAUGUUGUGCUUAAUCUAUUGUAUUUUUAGUGUUGUUGCCUUUCACCUUCGAGUCACUUUAGUUUAUACAUUCACGUCUAUAUUUUUGUAAUUUUAAGAGGAUUUUCUUUUCGUUAACAUAUAACCGUACUGUGUUACUUUUAAACAGUCAUUAAAUUACAGCACUGGACUGACAGUUUCACUAUCUGCCAAAAGGGGGCGCCAUUCUCCCUGUAAUACAUUACAGACCGAAAGACUCAAACUCAAUCCUGAACAUAAUAAGCUAUGGAUAAGAUAUCUAUUAAUUUUAUCCAUCAUUUCGGAUCAUUUAAACCUUCUGAAUUAUUUUAAAGCAUCCACCUAGAGGCAGCAGUCAAAAAGUUGUUGGUGUGUUUUCUGGUAUUACACAAAGGCCGGGAGGUGGGGGGGAGGAGGUCUCUAAUUAAAGGUCCGGUGAAUGCCUAUAAUAAAUAUUCAUUAAAUAUAUAUAUAUAUAUAUAUAUAUAUAUAUAUAUACAUAUAUAUAUAUUAUUCACCUGAUGCUGAUAUUCAUCAUAUAUUGUUCCUUCUGUGUUUAGAAGGAAG